AUGGAUACAUUAAUAAAGGAUGUAUAUGAUGUUUUAACUAAUAAAACUGAAAAUGAAUUACCUUCACAAGAUAAACUUGUAAAAUAUCAGAACACAUAUAGAUUGGAAUCAAAAAACCCAUUCAAUGAAAAUAAAGCUUUGGCCGUAAUAAAAAAUGAAACAAUGAAACAUUUGAAUAAUGAAACUAGAUAUGAUCCAGAUGAAGCAUCAAGAAUCUCUGCAACUAUGUCACUCAGUAUUAGAGAUGAAAUUUGUGACUUGGAUUUUGAAAGGUAUAAAAUUGUCUGUAUAGUUGAAAUUGGAGAGAAAAAAUGUCAAGGAAUAAUGUCCAUAGCUAGAUUUUUACGUGACUUCAAUAAAGAUAAAUAUGUUUAUAGCAAUUUUGAAAAUCAUAAUUUGUUUGCAACUAUUAUGGUGGGGGCAUUUUAUUAUGAAUAA